AUGCAGUACCUCCUCCAGCACUCUCGCUUCUGUGGACUCAAGUGUGAUGCUGUGACUUUGGUUCGCUUACUCCGUGCCUACGUUGGGAUGGCCUACAACCGCGCGCCUCGCAGCGGGGACUUGGUGCAACAGUGCCAUGUUGGCAGGACACAGGCCGACCACUUCUUGGCCGUGCUCCGUGAGGUCGAAGCCGCGCGAGGGCGUAGCUGGAAGGCCAAGAUUAGGGUAUCCGGCCUUGUCGAAGUGGAUGGAACAUCCCUCGGAAAGUUUGCGGUUCGAGCUACCUGCAAGCGCUUCCAGCCGCAGAUCAAAGCAUUGACUGCGAAGCUGGCCCGCACCGGCAAAGUAAUUCCUUCUGUGUUUUUUGUACACUACCAGGUUUUGGGAAUUAUGCGUCGGGGUGGCCCCCCAAUCCUGGCCAUUCCAGACUUGCCUGUGACAGUUCCUGGCAGCCGUCCUCCGACGGAAAGUUUUGAAGGCAUCCGUCAAACGGGCUUGUUGCACAAAGUGCCUUUGGCCCGGCGCCCCUUUACGACAAUUUUUUCCGAUGGAAACCGAGCUUGGCAGACACUUGCGCAGCAGCUCCGCAUGACAUCGCAUGCUGUCUGCCAUCAAAGCAAAGAAUGGACCAGAACUGUUCAAAACAAGCACUGGCGUGCUCGACACCUGCUCUGCGGAACGCAGACGCUGGAUAGAGCGUGGCAAUCCCUCAAGGACUUCGUGGGGCCAAAGGUCUCUCGAAAGACCGGCCACGGCCAGCAUGCUCAUGAAAGUUUCUUGGUGCGAGACCUGAUCUCGCAAUUCAUGUAUCGCCAAAGCAUGGGCAACUUAGAGCCGGGUGUUUUCUUGCUUCGUCUUGGCGAGGCGUUCCGUGUUCUGGCAGAUGCCCCAUAA